AUGUCUGUAGAAAAGAUAGUGUAUACUAUUUAUCAUAAAUGGAAUAAAAGAAAUUUGUUGAUUUCAAAAAUUUGUUUUAGGUGGUUAGAAUACAACGAGAUAACCAUUAUUCAGACCAAUAUCUUCAAUGGUUUGUCAAAUUUACAGGAACUAUCGUUAAGUAGAAACAAGAUAAGCAUAAUUCAGAGCAAUGCCUUUAAUGGUUUACCAAAUUUACAGUCACUGUACAUUUAUAACAAUAGCAUUACCGUAUUGGACAAAGAUAUUUUCCUGGGAAUUUUAAAAUUAGAGAAACUGUUUGCCCAAUCAAAAAACUUGCUGUUAGAACGUUGGUCUGAACCGACAUGUUCAUCUCCCAAUAAUCUGACAGGAGUAUUGUUGCAGGAUGUCUCCCCAGAGGACAUGAUUUGUGACGUCACUACAGCAACAACACCAUCAAAGAAAAUUUCAGGUAAAAUGAACUCUCAUUGAUUUGCCUGAAUAUCCUCAUAGACAACAUAUCCUAUAAUAGACAAUAUAUCCUAUAAUAGAUAACAUAUCAUAUAAUAGGCAACAUAUCAUAUAAUAGGCAACAUAUCAUAUAAUAGACAUAUCAUACAAUAGACAACAUAUCCUAUGA